UCUAGAACACGAAUUAGUAGAACGCAUUUUCGGAUUAUCUCUGACUUUUACCUUUGCGUACAUGCAUAUGGUGUUUAGCAACAAAGUAAACAUGAUCCGUGAUGAAGAGAAAAUGUAUUGUUUUAUGAAUGGAACCUGUUUACAAACAAUGUAUUUUGUUGGGAGGUGAGAAGAGAAAGCAGGAUGGCGGACUUGUUCCGCUAUGCUGGUGAUAUAGUAUUUGAUGGACAUCCACCAUUUCCAGGCCAGAUAACAGAUGUCCAGCUCAAACAGUUUUCUGAAACAAGUAACUUUUUACAGUGCACCAAACCACUCACCCCUCGGUAUCCCUAUUUCUUUGGGCAGAUCAGAGCAUUAUCAUCAAAGAGCAAAAUUACCAUCGGGAUAGCUGGACCAAACAUUGCUGAGGAUGCUCACCCUGGGAAAUGGAACAGGACAGUGGGUUACCACAGCAACAAUGGCAACUGUUAUACUUGUCAUAGUGAUAUCGCAAACAGCAAUGGAGAAACUUUUAGAAUAGGUGAUACAUUCGGAGUGAUGAUCACUUACUUUGGCCAAACCAUGUCCACCGUGAUGUUUGUAAAGAAUGGAAAACCAGUGGCAACAAGAUAUCACUAUGAAACAAACCAUGAAGAAUUUUUGCCAACAAUAACAUUGGAGAAUGGCCCCAUAGAUAUGGGCAUCAUGUGGCCAGAAGCUGCUAUUGGGGUGCCCAAGUUUGACGACAGGAACAUGCUCCAAUGGAUGCAUCCAAAAUAUGUCCAGUACGAUAUUGCCAAAGAGUUGUUUACAUAUAUUGAAGCUCCAGGUCACCAACUCAGUAGUGUUCCCAUACAAAGCCCACAGCCACUAGACAGAGGUUUCCAGCAUUUUGAGAUUAUUGUACAGGAUGUUGGCAGCCCAGGUGUAAGUCCUGCCAUAGGUGUCGCCACCUGUAGUCCCAUGUCUCCCAGUCCCACGUGUGAAUUCCUGAGGGAUUACUUUCGAUGGAUGGCAGAUGGAAAAGUAGCAAGUGUGAACACCGGAACAGUGGUAGGAAUCGGUGUAUACUUCAAUCCUGAUGAGCGGGAGAAACCUGAUUUUGACUACAAAUCACAACAGUUAGUUAUGGUCUUCCUUACGUUUGAUAAAAAAGUUUCCCUGGCUAGACACAUGAUACAGCCAGAAGGAGGCUUCUUUCCACUGGUGGUUCUUAGGAGUGAAUGUUCCAAAGUGAAGAUUGACACACAGUCACACCGGACUAUACCUAUCACCGAGUACCAAACAUACGACCAGCUGUUCUGGGAAUCGUUUGAGGAAACUCAGAAUAAGAUCAUGGAAGACACACUUGAAAGAGCACUGCGACCAUUUGUGUUCAGAAAGUCUGAUGUUUUAGACAUUGAGAUACCAGUGUGUGACAUACACAAAGUUCAGCCACCUGAUAUGAGCAAACAACACUGUACUAUUCGACUUCCCGCAGAACAUAUGGGUAUACAUGUGGUACAGUUCCUAAAGCCAAUGACAGCAGAGGAGAACCAUUACUACAUGGAAAUCAAGACUCUAAAUGAAGACUCUGUGGUAACAAUCGGUCUGGCUAAUGAACAGUUCUCUCUGAAGAAACACCCAGGGAAGGUCAUGAAUUCAACAGGCUGGUCCUCACGAGGGGGGCGCAUGUACUACAACGGUAACUACCAAGGCUACACCAUGGGGGAGUGGUAUGAGGAAGGUGAUACAGUGGAGUUAGAGUUGAGUAACAUUGGUCACAAGUGGCCUGUAGCAAUGUUCCGUAAGAACACCAAGGCUGUUGGGACCCGCCACUACACUGUUUUAGACCCAUCCCAGAUGCUGCCCACCAUAUCACUGUGUGGUAAUGGCUAUGAGGUGGAGGUGCACGUGUUCUGGCAGACAAAAAUCUUCAAGACAACAGACAUAUCAGUGAAUCAAAUAAAGAACUGGGUACUGCCAAGUGGAUCAGAAGUAGAUGAAGAAAACAAUAUUGCUAUGGUUCCUGACCACAUAGAACCCAUCAUGCUGCAGUCACCCUAUCCCUUCAGGCCAGACCAAGACUAUGACUUUUUUGAGAUAGAGCUGAUAGAUGAUUUUGACGCUGAACACAUUCCAGCAGGAAUAGCAGUGAGCACGCCCUGUUUUCAGGAACUAGAGCUGACAAAGUCCUCUAUCUACAGACAAGAUGUUGUCAAGUUCUUGGCUCAGCAAGAAGCACUGGAAGCUGUAUCCAAAGGACAGAAGAUUGGUUGGGGAAUGAUAAUCCCUGAAUCAGAGCAGGACAAGGAGGACAAGCUGGUGAUUCUGUAUCUUUGUAUAGACAAGAGCAUCGCUAUCACCCGGGUCAUGUACCUCCCUCAGGGAGGCUUCUACCCAUUCAUUAUACUGCCCCAAUCAGUAAACAGAGUAAAAUUGACUAACACAAUCCAUAUUGAGGAACACCCAAUCACUACAAGCAUACAGGAACAGUUCAUCAGCCAAGCUCAGGAAGUCAUUGCCAAAGAGAAGGAGGAGAUAGCUCAGGGCAGGGAUCCGCUUGACCUGGAAAUAGACAAAACAAGACUGUUCAAGGUGUGGGAUGACACCAAAACAGAAACACCUUCCAAAAUUGAAACGGCCAGAUUUGCAAAGGUUGCCAUGGCAGCAACAGUGAUUGAAAGAAAACGGAUUGAAAUGAAAGGGUCAAAAACUUGUGUGAUAUUGUGAUAAUGAUUUUUAGAUAUUGUAGUUCUGAUGUAAAGUAUUGGUGGACCUAGUGUACACAUAAGUGAGAAGUGGCUGGUCCAGUGGUGGAGUGGAUGCCAAGGUGGCCGAAGUUGGAUAUGAAUAACUCCAUUUUCCUCCCACAUUUAUAUGAACCCUGUGCACUAAUAUUCCAGUCCAAGAUGAAGUUUAUUUAAGAUUAAAUAAAAAUGAAAGGGAAAUCACCUGUACUCAUUCCAACAGAGACAUUUAACAGGGUGAAUUAUGAACUUGGAAUAAUUAAACCUUUAUGUAUACUGAGGGAGUUAAUCUACAAGCUUGAGUCUAAAACAGAUACAAAAAUUAAAAAAAACUCUAGCUGUAUGCUCCCAAGAGAGUUUAGAAAGACAUUAGGUGGUUGUUAAAGGUCCAAUACCUACAGAUAAUGAUGUAUGUACCAAGAACUUCAAAUUAUUAAUUAUGACCAUUAUACCAGUAUUGGAAAUCCUUCUUUAUACAUCGGGGAUUGUCUCAAGUAGUCCAACCUUAUUUCAGUAUAAAUCUAGAGAUUCAUUAUCUUUGUCACAAUACGUUUAUUGGCCACAUUAAUCACUGGUUCUCCGUCAUCCUGCCAAUGAUCAUCUAACUACUGGUUAAUUUGUCCACUCUUCUGUCAAUCCUUUUAGGGACUUACCUGUCUUCUUCAUUCAAAAUAGACCAUGAGUGUUCCAGCCAGCCCACAGUACAAUCACCAUGGUUACUGUAGCUAAGGUCACCAACUAUCAUUAUAUUACUGUUGGUGGGUGGGACUACGACUGGUGGAUCCACAUGGCUGCUAGUAUAACCUACAUCAAGUGAUUCUCUAGUCAUACUAGCAAAUGUGUAUAUCAAAACAUCCACAUGUGUGCGAGUUGUUUCUGUGUUGAUCAUAUCAUGGCAGUGAAGUUUUCGACCUGUUGUAUGAUGAGCAGUAGUUGUUUUUUUAGUGUUUAUGGUUUGAAAUUUGUUUUUACGAAAAAAGAUAUUAGGUUUUUAUGAAGAAAUGUUGACAAAGGUUUUUAUGAAGAAAUGUUGACAAAGUGCUCAGCUGAUCUAAUGUGAUUUGUCAUUUAGUCUUGUAACUUGAAUUCACAUGAAUAUGUCAUGGAAACAGAAUGCCAAAAUAUUGAUUUAGCAGAAUUAAAACAAACAGAUUGAAAAGGUACAAACUCUAGGAUAUCCAUGAAGAUGCACACUGUACAUAUAAUUUACCUGGUACUCGGUGUCCAAGUUCUGGUACUCGGUGUCUGAGAACAACUUACAAUCGUCCUGGUACUCGGUGUCUGAGAACAACUUACAAUCGUCCUGGUACUCGGUGUCUGAGAACAACUGACAAUCGUCCUGGUACUCGGUGUCUGAGAACAACUUACAAUCGUCCUGGUACUCGGUGUCUGAGAACAACUUACAAUCGUCCUGGUACUCGGUGUCUGAGAACAACUUACAAUCGUCCUGGUACUCGGUGUCUGAGAACAACUUACAAUCGUCCUGGUACUCGGUGUCUAAGAACAACUAACAAUCGUCCUGGUACUCGGUGUCUGAGAACAACUGACAAUCGUCCUGGUACUCGGUGUCUGAAAACAACUUACAAUGGUCCUGGUACUCGGUGUCUGAGAACAACUUACAAUCGUCCUGGUACUCGGUGUCUGAGAACAACUGACAAUCGUCCUGGUACUCGGUGUCUGAGAACAACUUACAAUCGUCCUGGUACUCGGUGUCUGAGAACAACUUACAAUCGUCCUGGUACUCGUGAUCGGUGUCCGAGAACAACUUACAAUCGUCCUGGUACUCGGUGUCUGAGAACAACUUACAAUCGUCCUGGUACUCGGUGUCUGAGAACAACUUACAAUUGUCCUGGUACUCGGUGUCUGAGAACAACUUACAAUCGUCCUGGUACUCGUGAUCGGUGUCCGAGAACAACUUACAAUUGUCCUGGUACUCGGUGUCUGAGAACAACUUACAAUCGUCCUGGUACUCGGUGUCUGAGAACAACUUACAAUCGUCCUGGUACUCGGUGUCUGAGAACAACUUACAAUCGUCCUGGUACUCGGUGUCUGAGAACAACUUACAAUCGUCCUGGUACUCGGUGUCUGAGAACAACUUACAAUCGUCCUGGUACUCGGUGUCUGAGAACAACUUACAAUCGUCCUGGUACUCGGUGUCUGAGAAUAACUUACAAUCGUCCCGGUACUCGGUGUCUGAGAACAACUUACAAUCGUGGCAUAGUGUCAUCGCCCAUUGUCAUCCUUCUUCAGAACUAGAUCUGGAUUACUUGCAUACUUGCACAUCAGGACUUUUUUCGGUUACAAAAAUACAGGUAAAAGAUAUUCAUGAACUCCAAACCGAUUCUUAGUCAUUAUUUGUCCUAGCUGUGGUCAUUAUUUUAACCAUUUGCAAUCUGGUUCUAGUCAUAUCAUGAUUAUUUAUAUACAUGUACUUUAUAUAGAGUAUGAGUGGAUAAUAACUUAUAAUGAGACAAGCAUUCGAGACUAGUUAUUGACAUUCUAUUAUGCAGAAAGAAAUAACAAUAGGUCAGAUAAUGAUCCAGCAGUGUCUUGGGAAUCUCCAACACACACUCCUGUCCAGCAGUGUCUGGGGAAUCUCCAACACACACUCCUGUCCAGCAAUGUCUUGGGAAUCUCCAACACAUACUCCUGUCCAGCAAUGUCUUGGGAAUCUCCAACACACACUCCUGUCCAGCAAUGUCUUGGGAAUCUCCAACACAUACUCCUGUCCAGCAAUGUCUUGGGAAUCUCCAACACAUACUCCUGUCCAGCAAUGUCUUGGGAAUCUCCAACACACACUCUUGUCCAGCAGUGUCUUGGGAAUCUCCAACACAUACUCCUGUCCAGCAAUGUCUUGGGAAUCUCCAACACACACUCCUGUCCAGCAGUGUCUUGGGAAUCUCCAACACACACUCCUGUCCAGCAGUGUCUUGGGAAUCUCCAACACACACUCCUGUCCAGCAGUGUCUUGGGAAUCUCCAACACAUACUCCUGUCCAGCAGUGUCUGGGGAAUCUCCAACACACACUCCUGUCCAGCAGUGUCUGGGGAAUCUCCAACACAUACUCCUGUCCAGCAGUGUCUGGGGAAUCUCCAACAUUCCUUUUUCUGCUUGUUUUAUUAUCAUUUAGACAAUUUCACCUACAAUGUAAAAGAUAUUUAACUUCUAUCAUGUUUAUGCAAAAAAUGUUUUAGUUAAAUUGUUAGAAUAUCAAUAUUUCAAAUUCUAGCUAUUGGACUUUUUAGUAUUAGUAUUAGAAAGUCAUGGUUUUUAUGAUCGAGAGUGUAUGUGUCUGACUUGAUUUAUAUGAGAGUGUAUGUAUGUGUCUGACUUAAUUUAUGUGAGAGUAUAUGUGUCUAACUUGAUUUGUAUGAGAGUAUAUGUGUCUGACUUAAUUUAUAUGAGUGAAUGUGUCUGACUUAAUUUAUGUGAGAAAACAGAAAAUUGGUUUCUCCCGUAGUCAGUUUCAUGAAAUUCUAUCAUAUUGAUUAAUUCUUCCACGAAUCGUAAAUAGCCAAUAAUGGUGUUUUGAAAUAUGCAUCAAAGGACAGAACAAUCUAUUAUUCUUGAUUCGUUAAUUCUUCAAAAUUCCUGAAAUGAAAUCCUUUAUUUAUCCUCUUUCUCACAUAACUGUUGACAAUGUACAUAUGAUACACUCAUUCAUUUCCAUGGAAUUUUCUCUCAGGUAAUGUAUGGUAUUGGUUACCACUUGUGAAUGAUGUGCCUGUCCAACAUGGGGCCAGUCUCAUCAAUAUACCUUAACUAUGGAAGUUCCUGAACUUAAAAAUUGCCACAGGAAAGCGCUAGCUUACAGAAUUUAAGGAGGGUACAUUAACUAUGAAUAUUUCCUUCAAACUCUGUUAUGCUUUCCCAUGGAAUUUUUUAAGUUAAGGGAAUUCCUCAGUUAAGAGAAUUCUUAAAGUUAAGUAAUAUUGAUAAAAUUAGGGUAGCAGUCAUUAAGUAAAGGUGCACACUGGUCAAGAUUUUCAUUUGAAGCUUUUCUCUCUGCUCAGAUAUCCACAUCUUGCCAAGUGAAGUAGAAUUUUAUCCUUAAUAUUACAUACAUUUUGUGAUUAAUAUGUUAUGAAUACACUUGCUGAUACUCCAAAAGUUAAGCUGUUACAGUUCUAGAUUUCAUUACUUAUGAUUGCUCAAAAAGGCUUUUGUUUAAGGAGUAUGGGGGAAACCUUAAAGCUUGCCAAUAUUAAAUGAUAAUUAAUAUUAUGGGAUACUCUCAGGUCAAGCUUAAUUAUUGUCUCUUAUGAUAUAACUAUAUAUUUUCAUGUAUGAAAGGAAUAUAUUUUAACAGAUAUUUUAUACAAAAAUCUAUAAUCAAACUAUUAUUAAGGAUAGUUGAGUUUGUUGAAAUAGUGCCAUGUCUAUAUAUACUUGUUAUGCAGCUCAAUAGAUUGAUAUCUGAUUAGUAUAAAACAAUAUAUAUAUACAUGUAUGGAAGGCACCAGGUAGAUAUGUUUUGUGCUUUGUUAUUGUUUCAAUUAUAGUUGAUAUAAUUGUAAUAUUUUUUUAAUGUGUAGAUUUACUUGAUUUUCCUAUUGAUACUGUUAUACCUCCGGUAAUCUAUUCCAUAUUUCAAUGACCUUAACUGUUUUACUGUGUUAUAGAGUAAGAUGUCGGCCUGUAGUUAUUCAAUAGCCAUUACUGUUUUACUGUGUCAUAGAGUAAGAUGUCGGCCUGUAGUUAUUCAAUAGCUUUUACUGUUUUACUGUGUUACAGAGUAAGAUGUCUGCCUGUAGUUAUUCAAUAGCCUUUACUGUUUUACUGUGUUAUAGAGUAAGAUGUCUGCCUGUAGUUAUUGAAUAGCCUUUACUGUUUUACUGUGUCACAGAGUAAGAUGUCGGCCUGUAGUUAUUCAAUAGCCUUUACUGUUUUACUGUGUUAUAGAGUAAGAUGUCUGCCUGUAGUUAUUGAAUAGCCUUUACUGUUUUACUGUGUCACAGAGUAAGAUGUCGGCCUGUAGUUAUUCAAUAGCCUUUACUGUUUUACUGUGUCACAGAGUAAGAUGUCUGCCUGUAGUUAUUCAAUAGCCUUUACUGUUUUACUGUGUCACAAAGUAAGAUGUCUGCCUGUAGUUAUUCAAUAGCCUUUACUGUUUUACUGUGUCACAAAGUAAGAUGUCUGCCUGUAGUUAUUCAAUAGCCUUUACUGUUUUACUGUGUCACAAAGUAAGAUGUCUGCCUGUAGUUAUUCAAUAUUAUGACUGAUGUGUAGAUAUUUGUUGGUUUGUCAUUUCUGGUCAAGGGGCAAAACAUGGAGGUAGUUAUAGCCUGAUAUGGCAGAUCAGGGGUAAAACAUGGAGGUAUAGUUAUAGCCUGAUAUGGCAGAUCAGGGGUAAAACAUGGAGGUAUUUAUAGCCUGAUAUGGCAGAUCAGGGGUAAAACAUGGAGGUAGUUAUAGCCCGAUAUGGCAGAUCAGGGGUAAAACAUGGAGGUAGUUAUAGCCUGAUAUGGCAGAUCAGGGGUAAAACAUGGAGGUAGUUAUAGCCUGAUAUGGCAGAUCAGGGGUAAAACAUGGAGGUAGUUAUAGCCUGAUAUGGCAGAUCAGGGGUAAACAUGGAGGUAGUUAUAGCCUGAUAUGGCAGAUCAGGGGUAA